AUGGCACCUGCCGCGUCUCGUCCAGGACGGUCUCUGGCUGACCAGCUGGCGGAUCUAGAGGAUCCGACCCCUAAGGACUUCGAUCCUGAAGAUAUAGAACGCGACGAUGCUUCUAGCGACGAGGAGGGCGGAAAGCCUUCUGAGUCCAAUGCUGGAAGGGAGCAUUAUCAGGCAGUAGGCAAAGGAAAAUUGCGCAAGCAAGAUCCCGUUUCUCUUGGCAAGCAGUAUGCAGGCUCUCGCGUGAGUCGAGAUGACCUGGAUGCUGACAGCGAUGACGACCCCUUCGCGACCCGAAGCGAUAAUGAGGAUGACGACGAGGAAGUCUCCGAUGACCUAGAAGAGGACGAGGACGAGAAUGCUGGCCUGUCAGACGCCGAGGAAUCAGAAUCAGAAUUGGAAGGGUCAGUCUCUGGAGAAGACGAUGAGUUGUCCGAAGGGGAGGAAGACAGCGAAGAUGAGAGCAAUUCCGACGACGACGACGACGACGACGAAACCCCCGCUCCACGCAGCAAAAAGAUCCAGAAAGAAGAGAAAUCUGCUCGCAGCAGCAAAGGAGCUUCUUCUGAUGACCGAGAAGAACUACGGAGGCUCAUGGCAACAGACCAGAAGACUAUUGCGGCUACUAUCUCGGAAGCUGCCAAAGCUGAUGCCGCCAAGGGAAAGGCUGUCAAGCAGCAACGUGCUACUUUCGACGCACUCUUGAACACACGCAUCAAGCUACAAAAGGGACUGGGUGCCAUCAACGAAAUUUCGGGACUGGCACACAACGAAGAAAAUGCGGUAGAGCAGUCCAGCGACGAAGAUGCCGAGGCGAUCAAGUCUGCCGAGUCCGCAGCUCUCGCUCUUUGGUCGACUCUCGAGGAGCUCCGCACCGCACUUGCCGAAGCCCAAUCCAAGGAUCAGACGAAGAAGCGCAAGCGGUCUCCUGUUACAUCUUCCACUUCUUCUGCCUCGCUUUGGGAUCGCAUGACAGAUCUGGAGAGCGAGUCUCUGUCUCACCGUCGUUCUGUGCUCGACAAGUGGUCAUCCAAGGUCCGAGGUAAUUCAUCUUCCGCAGCCAACUCUCGGGGAAAGCUUCUGGGCUCUGCUUCAGGCCAGCAAAGCAUCACUGCCGUUCUGGAUGCCCACGUUGCAACGGAAAUUGGUGAUCGGGCGACCAAACGUGCCCGACAGGAUUCAUCCGAUGGCGUCGCCGCUGCCGGGCCUAUUUACGAUGACACCAUCUUCUACCAAUCUCUUCUCCGCGAGCUUGUCGAGCAGCGGAUGUCUUCCUCCGAAGCUAUGUCUGGUGGCGGUCUCGACUCCCUGCACCAGUUGCCCUCCCGCCUUCCGAUUCACCCCGUCACCGGUAUGCGCAACGACAAAGUGAAGCGAGAUGUUGAUACUCGCGCUUCGAAGGGUCGCAAGAUGAAGUUCAAUGUGCAUGAGAAAUUGCAGAACUUCAUGGCUCCCGAAGACCGUGGGUCGUGGACCGUUCGGGCUCGUGAUGAGUUUUUCGCUUCGCUAUUGGGUAGAACUGCCAGUGGCCUACUGGGCGAAGGCGAUGGCAGUGCUAGUGAGAAUGAAAGUGAUGAUGAUCGCGAGGAGGGAGGUUUGAGGCUAUUCCGGAACUAA